AUGGGUCAGUUGAGCGAGACAAACUGUAUACCUUGCCCCGCGAGGCUAGCGACGCUUCCAGUCGAGAUAGUCAACCGCAUACUAUCAGACCUCAUCCACCCUCAUUGUCGUCUACCAGGCCUUACUGAAGCUCAGAGCCAACACGGCUUCACCGAGAAGCAAAAACGCAGCAUCAAGGACAAAGAGGAUCUCACUCAGCCUGCAGAUGCUGAUCGAUGGGCUGUCGAUAUAUUCUCCUUGUGCCUAGUCUCACACCCCUUCAAUGCCCUGGCUCUAACAUCCCGGGCAUGUCAUAGGCUAGUCGAAAGCUACUGUGCACAUCUGGUCCGCCGAUGCAACAGUACCAUGUUCAACCUUCCCUUCGCCCAUCUUGAUAAGUAUGGUUCCAAUUGUGUCUAUCCGGACCUCAGUGGCAUCGUGUACCGGCGACUAUGGCUGCAACAUGCUCCGCGCAAGUGUGUCUAUUGUCAGGCAACGCUUGAUUGCUACCCCUUUCGAACAGUCAAUCGUAUUCUCACUGCCUGCGGAGACUGCUUUUACCGUCAAACCAUGACGACCGACGAAGUGGUAAGGCAGUACCACCUCUCACCUUCUGCCCUCGUCUCAAAUCGAAUUAGAGGCAACAGAUCACCGUGGGUCUUGCGCGUCGAUGUGGAAGCCCUGGCUUUGCAACUUUACCGCACACGAGGAUUUCAUGACGCUCAUCCAGAGCAGUUUGAUAGGCCAUGUUCAAUAUGUGCCAUCACCAGGUUUACGCACCAACAUGAAGUCGAUAAGCCACAACCGAGCAAAAGGAUUGCAGCCCGCCAGGCUGGAAGGAGGACAAGGAUGCGCUCAACGCGGUCGUGA